AGUCUUGGCUUCUCUUACCAAAAACUAAUAUAGACCAGUGUGAUCAUUGUUUUGUGGUAAGAACGCAAACCUCAAGGUCUUGGCUUCUCUUACCAAAGUCUUGGCUUCUCGUAGAUAGAAUUGUUCUUACAACAAUGCAAUGUAAGGGUAUAUCCAUUGGUCACUGUUUUAGUUUCCUGAAGAGGAAGUAACGAAUAUAUUCUUGUGUAGGGACUCUUCAAAAGAAACUUAUUUAUAAAUAAUGGCCUAAUUAAAAAACAGAUGCUGCUAAAGAAGAAGCAGCACAGAUUAAGAAAAUGGAGCUUGAAUUAGGUCUGAAGAUCACUAGGGUAAGAGACAACGAUGUCUCUUCCUCUACAGAUUUCAAGGUUUCCAGAGAUGUGUUUGGUCAGCUCUGGCAUUCUAGAGAAACAGAUUCUGUGUUCAUCCUCACUCUUCACCUAAAAUGUUUCAUCAUAUAAAUCUAUAUUGAAAGUUUCAUUCACAUUUUUUUGAGAGAGAUUAAAACUGAAAACUGAAUGCAGGAUUCAAGAAGGAUGGUAUUGACACUGAGAUCAACAAAGAAGGGGAUAUGCUUACUAUACGAGGAAGGAAAAAGGUUGAAGAAAUGGUUUUGGUCAAGUGGGUGAAGUGGAGAAAGGAAAGUGAGAUUAAGGAGUUCAAGAAAGUGUUUAGGAUUCCAGAUAUAGUUAAUCUUGAUAAGAUCAAAGCUAGGUUUUAUGAAGAAGACGGGACUUUAACAGUUACAUUUCCCAAGAAAGUUAAGGGAAUAACCGGUUUAAAGAUCGAGGAAGCGGAAGAAGCAGAGAAAACAGAGGAGAAAACAGAGCCAGAAACAGAGGAAACAGAGGAAAAAACAGAGCUAGAAGAAGAAAUCAAAGAGGAGAAAGAACCUGAGGAAGAAGCAGAAGAGCCAAAGAUGGAAGAGGAAGAAGAAGAGAUAGUGGAGGAAGAAAAAACAAGGGAUCAUGAGGAAGAUAGAGAAGAAACCGAAGAGAAAGAAAGUAAACCAAAAAAGAAGAAAAGAAAAAAGUUAUGUUUUCCAUAUGUUGCAGGAUCUACUCUGCUUAUGUCAAUCAUUGUUUUCAUUAUCCAACUGAUUCAAUCCAAAAGAAAAUGAGAUUAAUCCUUAGGGUUCUUUAGGAUAUGGCUCUUGUUUUUAAGGUGAAGAAGAGAGACGUCAAGAACAAGGAAGAUCAAUACUGCUUAUGUCACAUAUGUUACAAGUUCUAACCAAAGCACAUGCAGUAUCAUCUUUUUCAUUUAUUCAAGAUUUAAAUUGAAAUGUAAACUCAAGAUACAUUACCAUGAGACAUUACAGCCUCUAUUUAGAACACAAGAGAGGAAACAGCUUAACAACCUUUAAGCCUAUUUAGAGAACUCAAUGACCCAUAAAUGAUAUGCAGGGCAUACAAAUUUGCAACUUGCAAAACCUGAAUUAGCAGCCAUAGCUUCAUACUCAGCUUUAGUUCUCUCUUUUCCUCCAGAGAGUUGUGUGAGCAUCAACAAAUCCAUAUCAAAUGCAAUGUUGGCCUGCACAUCUUUACUCUCUGCCUCAUCUGGAAUAACUAGCUCCAUGAUUAUCACUUUCCCAUUCUCCGGUAAUGCCUUCCAGCAGUUCUUGAGAAUCUUUGCACAGUCUUCAUCAUUCCAAUCAUGAAGCAUACGCUGUAAAAUAUAUGAAGUUAGUAAAUAUAAAGAAUAAAACACCUGAGAAGUAUUAACAUAUUAGACAAGAGUAACAUAUGAAGUAAGAAUAAAGAAAAAAAAAACACCUGAGAAGUAUUAACAUAUUAGACAAGAGUAAUAUAUGAAGUAAGUAUAAAUAAUAAAACACCUUAAGAAGUAUUAGCACACUA